AUGGUGGGUCCCGAGGACGGAGACGGCACCCUACACGUGCCCCACGGCCCCCCGCGGACGGCGCACAGCUCGAGGUCUACGGGCUCGGCCAAGGCGCGCAUGCUGUUCGAGAUGGCCGCCGCCAAGAGGAAGCAGAUAGCCAAGGUCGUUUGGAUCAUCGUCGUCAUUCUCUGCGUCCUUGGAUGCCUCUCACAGGUGUUUAUCUUCAUGGAAAUCUUCUGGAAGUUCCCGACCAUCAUCGAGAUUGAAACAGAACGCAGCGACGAUCUCGAUUUCCCUGGUGUUACCAUCUGUAACAACAACAGAAUCCGGCUGUCUCAGUGGUGCCGGCUCAAUGGGGACACCGACUGCAAACCGAAAACCGGGAAGUCCCUCUCUCCUAACGUGGACGUCCUUCUACGCACCAUGAACAAGACCCUGAAAUCGGAGAUUGGCCACCAAAAAGCUACCAUGAUCUUCGAGACGUCCAAGAUUGUGAACGGAUCAGUGGAAGUGAGGGACGACCUGGGAUUCCGCGACGAGUUCUUCCACCUACGCUACAGCAACUGCUACUCCUACAACGUCGAGUGGACCGGGUCUGGUGUCAGAGAGAAAGAGAUUGCUCGACAGAUCGACUUGCGGGUCAUCCUGUUUCUGGAGCAGCGAGAGUACCCCCAGGUGGACGAGUGGCCCGGGGCGCAGAUCGUCUUCCACGACCCCGAGGUUAUUCCGGACCCCGAAGAGUCCGGCAUUCCCCUGCGCGCCGGGCACAACUACAUCUUCACGCUCAGACAGAUGAUCACCAAACGUCUGCCCAAACCCUACUGGACCCGGUGCGUGAACUACCCUUUCAUUCGACGAGAGAGAUACGUGAUGAAGAUGACGAAACAGUUGUGCGAGAAAGAGUGCGCGUACAACGCUUCGCUCAAGCUGUGCCGCUGCAUACGGACGGACGUGGCCCUCCCCUACGACGUCGAAUGGGACGUGCAGCCGUCUGGCAAGAGGCGGUUCUGCGACACCGACAUCCCAUUGACUCGGUGCUGGGUGAAGGUGCUAGACGCGACCGAACGCUGUCAGAAGAAAAAGUGCCGAAAGCCAUGCCUCGAAUCGCAGUUCGAGACUUCAGUGACCCAGGAUCCGUGGCCCGAUGAGCUCUUCUUCAUGCAGGAACGGGACAAGUACAGCAGGAUAAACAUUACUACGUUCCAGGAAGCUCGCAUGAACCUAACCAGAAUUUACCUCAUCUACGGAACCCUAAACCGGAUCACCUAUCGUCACAGAGCAAAAUACGAGCAAAUCGAGCUGUUCUCCUAUAUGGGCGGCUUCAUCGGCAUCUGGAUCGGCGUGUCCUUUCUGGACGUCCUGGAUUACGGGGUCCAAGCGGUCAAGUGGAUCACGGACAAGCGCAAGGAGCGCAAGCACCAGGAACUGCAAAAGCAGCGGGACAAGGACAAGCUCGUCGAAACGAUCCCCGUCAGACCGCCAAACACCAACCCGGACCUCUGGUAGUCCGGGCCCCCUGUCGGCACGCCGUGACAUUCGCCGCCAUCUUGUCCUCGGUGGUGGCUGCCGUGGGAAGACACGGACGGCCCUGGCGGGUGCCUUCUUAUUGUCUGUCAGAACGGGCCCUUGAA